UAUAGUUACUUCCAAACAUUUGCAAAGAAAAGUAAAGAUUUUAUAUAUUUAUAUCCUUGAUGCUUAAAAUAUCAUAACUCAACAAUAUAAAUACAUAAGCAAAUAUUUAAAUAAGCUUGAAAAUUUUAGGAAAUUUAAGAAACUAUAAAAUGAACAGAUGAGGGAAAAAUGAAUAUUAAUCUACAUUUAGAGCAUGAUCCACAUCAGGUUCCUUUACCUUAUAUGGAGAGUGAUCAUCUAUGUCAUAAUAUUUGUGUAUGUACACGGGGUCGCUGCUUGAAUAAAAGAGUAUCGGACCAGCGCCGAUACUGUAUGGGGAUAAAUAUUCCCCUCUGUUUAUAAAUAGAUAUUUACUCUUCACCUACAUUUACAACACUUGGUUGAAGCUUCAAACCGUUGACAGGUCACCACUCAGUAUCAACAGUACCCGUAGACUUUUCUAAUUCGAUAUUUUUCACCCAUUCUUCUUUUUUAAUUAUCAACAAACACGUGACGUCCAAUCUUUCUGACUUUUGAAUUUUAGUUUUUAUCUUUACGAAAAACUUUUUUCACUAAUUUUGCUUUAGUAAAAAGAAGCAUUAGAUGUUUUAAUUCUUGUAUACUAAGUAAUUUUUUGCGUGAACAGGAAAGAUACAAUCGAGCUUAAACCCGACUUGCGCGGUUCAAGCCAGCAUAGUCUCUCAUUGUAUGUUGUUCAGGAAAGUUGCACCUGAGUUUAAACUAAGUACCGAAAGUUGAAUGGAGCCGUUCAAAAUUGAUCUUCAAUUCAUUUUAAAUUUAAGUACAUUUUACAUAUAGAAAUUAUAAUUCAAUAUUUUUCCUCUUUAAUGCUUCGAUUCCUUCUGUAAUUUAGAAAAAAAAAUUCAAAACAACAUUAUCAUGAAUAUCGAGGAGUUUCGUAUUCGUGGAAAAGAAAUGGUGGAAUAUAUUUGUGAAUACCUUCGAACGUUAGAGGGUAAACGAGUAACGGCAAACGUCGAUCCUGGUUAUUUAAGGCCUCUCUUACCCAAAGAAGCACCCCUCAAGCCAGAACCAUGGGAAGCUAUCAUGAGAGAUGUGGAAUGCAAAAUAAUGCCAGGAAUCACGCACUGGCAGCAUCCUCGAUUUCACGCCUACUUCCCAUCUGGUAACUCGUUUCCUUCGAUUCUCGGUGACAUGCUGUCCGACGCAAUAGGAUGCAUCGGAUUUUCCUGGGCUGCAAGUCCAGCUUGCACAGAACUCGAAACAAUUGUCCUUGAUUGGUUCGCGAAAGCAAUGAAUCUCCCGUUAGCGUUCAUGGCGGACAAUGAAGCUGGAAAAGGUGGUGGCGUGAUCCAGGGCUCGGCUUCAGAAUGCAUUCUUGUCUCAAUGCUCGCCGCUCGAACACAAAUAAUCAGAAUGCUGAAAGAACAGGAUCCUAAUACUGAGGACUCGGCAUUUCUCCCUCGACUAGUAGCCUACUGUUCAAUGGAGUCGCAUUCGUGUGUGGAAAAGGCAGCUAUGAUAAGUUUCGUAAAACUACGAGUUUUAGAACCGGAUGAAAAAUGCCGUCUCCGGGGUAAACGAUUGGAAUCCGCAAUUCGAGAAGAUACGGCCAAUGGUCUAGUGCCUUUCUUCGUCUCCACUACAUUGGGAUCAACCGGUUGUUGUUCUUUUGACAAUCUCGUGGAAAUUGGACCAGUCUGCCGUAAAUACUCCGGAAUAUGGUUGCACGUCGAUGGGGCUUACGCGGGAAGCGCUUUUAUUUGUCCAGAACUAAGACCUUUGAUGGCUGGGAUCGAGUUCGCCGAUUCUUUUAAUACCAACCCUAAUAAAUGGCUUUUAGUGAACUUCGACUGUUCCUGUCUUUGGGUGAGAGAUCGGGUCAAGUUGACCUCUGCAAUGGUGGUCGAUCCACUCUAUCUUCAACACGCCAACUCUGGGGAAUCGAUAGACUAUCGUCACUGGGGCAUUCCGCUAAGUAGACGAUUUCGAGCACUGAAAUUGUGGUUUGUCAUGAGAUCCUAUGGAAUAACGGGUUUGCAAAACUAUAUACGUAAUCACAUCAGACUGGCAAAGAGAUUCGAGACGAAGAUCAAGAGGGACAAGAGAUUCGAAGUGGUUAAUGACGUGACGGUGGGGUUGGUAUGCUUCCGAAUGAAGGAAAACGACGAGAUAAAUCAGGAACUCCUGGCUAAUAUCAACGCAUCAGGAAAGCUUCACAUGAUCCCCUCGAGAGUGAUGAACAAAUACACUCUUCGAUUCUGUGUCGUCAAGGAAGAUGCAACGGAUUAUGAUAUUGACUUUGCAGUGGACGUUAUUCAGGAGCAUGCUGCCGAAGUUCUAGUAGCUCACUACGAAGGAGAGGAAGAAUUCUUGGCCAAGAGUCCCAAGAGUCCAGCGCCAUUGGACAAGAAACUCGUCAGGAAAUUCAGCUUCACAAGAAGUGUCUCCAGAGCCGCUUACAGACGAUCAAUGUCAAAAACAAGUCUGCACGAUGGUGCCACACCGAUUAUGGUUGUCGAGGAUCAUCGACCAGUCGAGACCAUUGAAGAGGAUGUAUUUUGUGACAGUCGGUAGACCGAACUUCAGCUCACGGUACCGAAUAAAAGGAACCAAUUGCUUUCGAUGCCGUGAGCUGAGGCCCCCGACAACCGGAAAACGAACGAAAUCCCAGGGCCCUCAGGACCAUUUGCAGGACAAUCUGAGGUCCUUAUUUAAAAUCAAGUCUCAUUAAACUUGAUUAGAAUCGAAAUUAUUGUUCAUCCGGUUAAUAAGUGUGUUUGAAAGAAAUUGAUCGUGAACUACUUUGAGUGUAGUUGGAGUGAGAAAAGUUUUAAAAGAAUUGUUAAGUCGUGACGGGGCAACAUCCAGUGUACAAAAUUUAUUAUCUAAGUCGAAAAAAAGCUCAUGCUUUAUGAGCUACAAAACACUUCUAUAUUUAAGCAUUAAAACACUGUCGUAGUGUAGAAAUCAAAGUCAAAAAUGUACCUAAAAGUUAAAAAAAAAAUCGAGUAAGUAAAAAAAAUUAAAAUUUUCUUAAUAUUUUAAUAACUUAUAGACGAUUUUGUAAGUAAUUUAGAUCCUUUUCGGAAUAAAACCUUAAUUAGAAGUAAAGUUAAUUUUAGAACGUAAUUUGUGCGUAACAAAGAAAACACUGUUGUUCAUUACAAAAAAAAAACAUUUUAAUUGAAAUUGAAUAAUUUUUUUUUUAUAAAAAAGUACACAUAGUUCACAAGAAAAAAAGAGGUAUCGAAUUUUGCAACACGUGUUCUAAAAAUACUGCAAAAGAGGAAGAAAAGCGCGUAAAUUAUCUACUAACAAUU